UGCAUUUUACGCACAGUCCACGAAAACGAACAGGUUUACCGUAUGCCCCUUGACCACUUCUUAUCUUAUCAGCAGGCUUGCGAGAAUUACUCAGUGCCAAGCCGCAGUUACAGCCUCUCUCUCCAGAGCCAGAAUUCCAGCGGGUCCGUCUCACCGGGCUGGGUAGGAGUGUCAGCGAGACCCGACUUUAUGACUCUGGCCUUGGAUCAAAGUCCGAGGCUGGAUCUGCACCAAGCGUCAGUCGGUUUUUCCCGGAGCUCUGGCUUCCCGGCUCGCUCUCUGCCUCCCUGUCUCCCUCUCCCCCGGGUCCUGACCUCCUGCGACCGACCUCUACUCCCACCUUCAUCAAGCAUGAGCAUCUCACCCUUCCACCCGGACCAGAUCCCGGCACCCACCUUCUGGCCUGUACACUCUGAGCAGGGCUCGCUGCUGAAGGACAGACCUUCCACAUAGUGAGAAAGAACAUCCAGAAAUGAGCGUCUCUGUGCGACCAGGUUGGCGCGGGUUUGAGUCCCAGCCUGUCUCAGACCACCCCUCCAUCCCUGUGUCUCAUCGUGCCCUCCUAACAGCAGAAGAGAGGGACGAUGCAGAGAUUCAAGCCCAGGAGCUGAGAGCAGAGCCAGAUUCAGGCGACACCCAGGGGGAGGCCUGCCCCAUCUGUGGGGACAGGGUGUCUGGAUACCACUACGGACUGCUCACCUGUGAGAGCUGCAAGGGCUUCUUCAAGCGCACGGUGCAGAAUAACAAGCGCUACACGUGUGCAGAGAGACAGAGCUGCCCCGUGGACUUGGCCCAGCGCAAGCGCUGCCCCUACUGCCGCUUCCAGAAGUGCCUGAGUGUGGGAAUGAGGAGAGAGGCGGUGAGACCGGACCGGAUGCGGGGCGGACGGAAUAAGUUUGGGCCGCUGUACCGCCGCGACCGGCAGCUAAAGCAGCGGAGAGAGGAAUGCUUGGGCUACAGGGUAAAACUGGAAGCCCCGCCCACUCAGCCAUCACAUGACCUCCAUUUACUACCCAGCCCCACUCCGUCACCCCACCCCCCUGACUCCUUUCACCAAUUGCAGCCUGCUGCUUGCGGCAUGGGCCAAUCGGACAGCUUCAUGCUUUUGGACUGCUCGUUCAACAGAGACAGAGCAGUGGCCCCGCCCACCCUCCCCUAUGCUGGACUGUACCACUCUAACUACCAGAGCUGUGCCCAGAGCCAGUCCUUCAGUCACGCCUUGCCUCUGGCCACGUCCCCAGUCUUACCAGCAGCCCUGCCCACAGCCUGCCUUCUCACAGACCUCCUGCAGGGGGAGCCAGAGGAAACGCAGCUCUGCGCCAGAGUGCUGGCCAGCCUGCAGAGGGAGCAAGCGAGCCGCGGGAAACACGACUGCCUCAACACCUUCAGCAUCAUGUGCAAGAUGGCCGACCACACACUGUUUGCCCUGGUGGAGUGGGCCCGCAGCAGCACCUUAUUCAAGGAGCUAAAGGUAGGGGACCAGAUGAGUCUGCUCCACAGUUGCUGGAGCGAGCUGCUAGUGUUGGAUCACCUGUACAGACAGGUGGCCUAUGGAAAAGAUGACAGCAUCUACCUGGUCACCGGGCAACAGAUCGACGUGUCCACAGUCCUGUCCCAGGCAGGGACCACUCUGAGCAGCCUGGUGACCCGGUCUCAGGACAUGGUAUCCAAACUCAGGACACUGCAGAUGGACAGAGAAGAGUUUGUGUGCCUCAAAUACCUUGUCCUCUUCAACCCAGACGUGAAGGCCGUGCAGGAUCGGGGCCUGGUGGAGCGGACCCAGGAGCAGGUGAACCGCGCCCUGAUGGACCACGCGCUGCAGACACACCCCGGGCACUCGGACACGUUCGGCCAGCUGCUGCUCAGGCUGCCGGAGAUGCGCAGCAUCAGCCUGCAGGUGGAGGAGUAUCUGUACCAGCGCCACCUGCAGGGCGACCUGCCCUGCAACUCCCUGCUCACAGAGAUGCUGCACGCCAAGCAGCCCUGAGAGGAGCCCUGUGACCUGCGACCUGCCCUGUAACUCCCUGCUCACAGAGAUGCUGCACGCCAAGCAGCCCUGAGAGGAGCCCUGUGACCUGUGGCCUGUGACCUGCCCUGUAACUCCCUGCUCACAGAGAUGCUGCACGCCAAGCAGCCCUGAGAGGAGCCCUGUGACCUGUGACCUGCCCUGCAACUCCCUGCUCACAGAGAUGCUGCACGCCAAGCAGGCCCUAAUCCCAGCGCCUGUCAGUCUACACCAUGCCCCGCCUCCUAACCGCCAGCUCCUGUCAGUCUACACCAUGCUCCUCUGCCUAACUGCCCUUACACAACCAUCAUGUGUCAAUGAAGACCACGCCUUGUUUAACACCCAAAGAUGUCCACAAAGACCGACUCUAAGCUACCCUCAUGUCAGUCAAGGGGCGAUGCAACUGGCCUUGUACUCUAAAGGUUUCAGGUUCAAUUCCAACAUAGGGCACUGCUUUUGUACCCCUGAGCAAAGUACUUAAUGCUUAUCCCUUCAGAAUAAUACAGCUGUAUAAAUGGAUACGAGUAUGAAGACAGAAAGCUGUGUAGCUUGCUCUGGAUAAGAGUGUCUGCUAAAUGCCUGUAAUGGCAAGAACACAACCUGACUCUAAACCACCAUCGCCUUUCAACUAAAGCCUCGCUCCACUAACCACCACUGAAAGUCACUGAAAGCUAAAGCUCAUCUGUCAAGAGCCAGUCUCCAUUUCUCUGUCGCUCCAUCGCAGGUGUACUGUGAGACCCCGA